CAGCAGCAGCAGCAGCAGCGGUAGCAGUGCGCGUCCCGGCGGUGCCGCGUGCGGCAGGCGCCCGCGUCGUUAAAGCUCGACGGGAAGCAGGUCGUUGGAAGGCCGCGAACGAGUCCGUCGGAAGGAGGUGCGCGCUUCAGCAGUUCCGGGAGGUCCGCCGUAGAGGAGCGAGGAGGGGCCGCAGCGGAAGGUGAGCCCGUGAGCCCUUCCGGCGCGCUAUGAGUUCGAAAUUCGUGAUCGAUAGCAUGCUACCGAAGUAUCACCAGCAUCAGUCGCCGUAUCAGCAGUUGUUCUCGACAGCGAACCCGACCUCGGUCCAGGCGGCCUGUUCAGCCGCAGCAGCAGCAGCAGCAGCAGCAGCAGCGAGCGGUAAUCCGGCCUCCGUAGCAGCGGCCGCAGCCAGUCAGCUCGAGUCCAGCCUCAGCGCGGUAGCCGCAGCCGCGGCCAGCUACGCUCAACACAGCUCGCCGAGCCCGACGGGCUCGAGCCCCCAGCACUCGGGCAGCUCCGCGUCGACCUCGCCCGCGGCCCGCCCGACCUCCAGCAUGUACCCUUACGUCUCCGCCGCGGCGGCCCACCACCACCACCAGCAGCAGCAGGCGGUCGCAGCCGCGGCCUUCGGCGCCACCUCGAGCAUGGUCCCGGGCUUCGGUAGCUCGGCAGCCUCGAGCGCGGCCCUCGCGGCCGCCGCAGCUGUCGACGCGGCCACGGCCGGUGACAAGUCCUGCAGGUACACCGCGAGCCUCGCCGGCAACGUCGCGCCAAACAGCGCCGACCCCAUGGUCAACUACACCCUCGGACACCAUCACCAGAACGGCGCGACGCCCGGGAGCCUCGUCUCCUCGGCCUCGGCCUCCUCCGUGUCCGCGGCCUCGAUGACCUCGAUGGCCGCGGCGGCCCAGUUCUAUCACCAGGCGGCCGCAGCGAGCGUCGUCGACCCCCUCGGCUCCUGCCAGCAGCCUACUUCCGGACAGCCAGGCAUACCGGAGAUCCCGCGCUACCCCUGGAUGUCCAUUACCGAUUGGAUGAGCCCAUUCGACAGAGUUGUGUGUGGUCCGAACGGUUGCCCGCGACGUCGAGGCCGCCAGACCUACACCCGCUUCCAAACCCUCGAGCUCGAGAAGGAGUUCCACUUCAAUCACUACCUGACGAGACGGCGACGAAUCGAGAUCGCGCACGCGCUCUGCCUCACCGAACGCCAAAUCAAGAUCUGGUUCCAGAACCGGCGGAUGAAGCUGAAGAAGGAGCUACGGGCCGUAAAGGAGAUAAACGAGCAGGCGCGCCGCGAGCGCGAGGAGCAGGACAUGAUGAAGAAGCAGCAGGCCGAGAAGCAGGCGAAGAUGCAGCAGGAGCAGCAAAAUGCACUCCAGCAGCAGCACGCCCAGCAACAGCAGCAGCAGCAGCAGCAGCAGCAGCAGCAACAGCAGCACCACAGCGUCGCGGGCCUCGACAAGGCCCAGAGCGAUCUGCUCAAGGCCGUGAGCAAGGUGCCGACAUAGGAUAGCCUCCUGGGCCGCCUUUAUCUGUCGUAGGUGUCGUGGACGGACCGCGAGUCGACAAGGGCGGAACCCCCGGCGGCCCAGCACCUCGCGUCCCAGCAGGUUCGUCCGGACGCCGCGCGACUACGUACUUACUUAGAGGCCGCUCAUACGAAACUGGCCGGCGAAGCGGCCACGAGGACGACCCGGCCUUCACCACCGCUGCAAUCCUCCGCCUCCCAGCAGCCACUCCUCCCACGCAAUUGCACACAGACUGAUGGCCCCUAGGAUUUUGUUAAUUUGUAAAAGGGAGAGCGCCGAUGGUACCCCGUCUCACACUGAACCCCUCCCCGACCGUACCCCGAGAGUGCCGGGACAUCGCCAAGACACGGAGGCAUCGUAGCGCACGCAAGACCGUGUGUCGCGUGUGCGGCAUCGUAGGCGUCGCUCCAAAGCGAC